AUGGUGAUCGAUAGGCAAUUUUCCAUAAUUGACGGUGCUACACCCAAAUGGGUGAAUGAAACACUUUUCGAGAGUUUGUUGCGUAAAAAAGUGACUGAUUUUAGUAAACUUAUAAAGUUUUCAACAAAAUAUGUGAAUAAUUGCAAGGAAAACUACUUGAGUGUAAAAGCCGAUUUCGAGACCAAAGAUGGCAAACGACGACUCAUGGGCUUUAUAAUGAAAACAGCUACACUUAGCCAUGGCGAGAAGUUGUUGCCAUAUUUAACUAGUGGAAGUUUGGCCCAAGAAAAUUGGAUGAAUUUUGAGAUCAUACCAAAAUUCAAGGCUUUAUUUGAAACAGAAAAUAAACCAAAAACUUUUCACCCAACUUCCUUAAAGUUUCCCCAAAGUGUGCCUGAAGAUUAUGUUCUCUUUGAGGAUCUGCAAAUGAAAGGAUAUCGACCACUGCAGGGUGGUUUGAGCUCUCCGCAAAUGGAAGCAGUUUUGAAUAAUUUGGCAGCAUUUCAUGCAGCAAGUGCUGUAGAGGGAAAUAUUAAUCAAAGUGUUAACCAAAGAAUGGUAAAAACACCAAAUAAGGAAUUACAGCUAUUGAUCAAUCGCAUAUUUCAUGAACAUUUACGAUUGUACGAUCUAAAAGACUAUGAGGAUAAAAUUAAAUCUUUGCAGUCCCACUUCUUGGAGGAAUCUUCCCCUUCCAACUCCUUGGAAUUUCAGGUUUUGCAAGUGGGCAAUUGCUGUAUCGAUAAUAUGCUGUUUCUGUUGGAUGCCUUCGGCAAUGUCAAGGAUAUUGCAUUUAUCAAUUUGGAUAUGUGUUGCUAUGGCAAUCCUGUAAAAGAUUUGCUUUAUCUUUUGCUCUCAUCGGCCAUCAAUGCUGAUAAAAUUAACAAUUUUGAUUACUACAUAAAAUAUUACCAUGACCAAUUGGUGGGUUAUUUAAAGCUGCUGAAGUUUAAGAGAAAAAUACCUAAAUUAUGGGAGCUGCAAUACGAUGUUAUUAAAAACAACAAGUGGGCAUUUGAAGCAGUGACGCAAGUUCUACCACUUGUACUUUGGGAUCCCAGCAAUUCGAACGAAUCAAAUUUAUCUGAAGAAGAAGAACUGCCCAUCAACGAUAAGUUCUUGAAAGUCAUGUGUGCACAAGAUAAUUAUUGCCAACAAAUUCAAAAACUACUACCUUGGAUGGAGGACAAGGCAUUUCUUGAAGAAUAG